AUGUCAACCUAUAUUGGUAAAAUUCUGUUCUCCGGAAUCGAACUACUUGCAGAUGAUGAUGGGACUUCAUUUGCAUGUCUUGGGAUGUCCGAAGCGUGUGAUAAAUUUGCUAACAGGAACUCAUUCAGAUGCGUUAGCUACUUCAGAAAGUUCCUCAUUUCCUUCGGAAUGAAUGAUAGGGUUGAAGUUAGGGUAUCCGAUAGAAUUGUCAUCAUGACGCUGUUCAAAAGCCCUGGUUCGAUCGAAAUGUCUGUCAAUAAUUCGGUGCAGCUGUUCCGGUGUCCCAGGACAAUGAUGGUGAAGAAGAUUCAGGAAGUCAAUUGUUGUGAGUUGUAUAAUCAAAUAUGGCUUGACGGUGUGAAAUAUCUAAUAAACAUGGUGCAAUGCUGCGAUACUGUCUACCUUUUCUAUCGCAAUCCUAAUAAUCCUAACAAUCCUGACAAUCCCGACCACCCUGACAAUCCUGACAAUCCUGACAAUCCUGACAAUGCAGUUCCUCAAAGCAGUAAGACAGGCAAGACAAUGUGUUUCUCGGGAUAG